AUGGCUGAGCAAACAGGCGCCUCCCCGAGGCAGAGUCGGCCUUCGAUGACCGCCGCAAUGCGGAGCAGCUCGUUUCUAAGAGAGCACCAACAAUAUCGCCCGCCGCACAAGCCCGAGAACCAUUAUGGCAUCGAUACGGUUGUCGAGGACCUCCAGGCUGCAUCUAUCUCGCCGCGCGAGAUUUCGCAUUUCAAGGGAAUCCCCUCGCUCGAGAACCCCCCCAAGAUUGUCGAGAGCGGCGUCAGCCACGAGCUCUCGCACCCCAACUGCACUCCGCGACCUGGCGCCCGCAGCCAGAGACUUGUCGCGACUCUCUUCUACAGGUCAACGGCCCCUCGCAUCUCGAAUGCGAUUCCCUCCCCGAAGAAAGACCCCUCCCCGGCACGGAGCAGGUCUCCGUCGCUUCGCACCGCCGAAUCCGACAUCCCCCCGACCAUGGCCCCAAGCAGCAGUCUUGAAAGCUUUCCCCUCGAGCCGCCUACCGCCGAGCCUGAACCACUAGACCAUCUUUACGGCUCGUACGUGUCGUCGAUGUGCAUCACCUCCUUUCUCCACCUCUUGUCGACCUUCCCGCUCCCGCCCGGCUCGACCGACCUCACCUCGGCGCACCGCUGCCUCAAGCUCGACGCCGGCCAGGGCAAUCACCCCAUGGUCGUCGAGCUGACCGUGUCCCCCGCCCCUUCCGUCGAUUAUCUCUCCCUUGCCGACUUGCGCAAGCAUGAGCUCAUCUACCGCUUCGAGCGCGAGUGGAACGUGGAUGUAGCGCUGAGAGUCGACAACCUCUGGCGCCGGUACCCGCGUCUGGUGGUCUUUGACAUGGACAGCACCCUCAUCACUCAGGAGGUCAUUGAUCUCUUGGCCGCCACCAUCAAGGACCCGCCGGAUCUGGCCGCCCGCGUCGCUGACAUUACGCACCGCGCUAUGCUUGGGGAGUUGGAGUUUGACUCGGCGUUCCGCGAGCGGGUUAAGCUGCUGACCGGCCUGCCGGGGACCAUCUUCCACGAGCUCCGCCCCGUCUUGGAGGUGACCAACGGCGUGCGGCCGCUGCUCCAGGCCUUGAAACGGCUGGGAGUUAAGACAGCGGUGCUCUCGGGCGGCUUUCUGCCGCUUACCAGCUGGCUGGCGGGAGAGUUAGGCAUUGACUAUGCCCACGCCAACGAAGUGGUUAUUGACGAGGCGACUGGGCGGCUAACUGGAGAAGUUAAAGGCCGCAUCGUGGGUAAGGAGCGAAAACGCGAGCUCUUGAUCGAAAUUGCCGAGAAGGAGGGCAUUCCUCUGGAGCAGGCGGUGGCCGUGGGUGAUGGUGCCAAUGAUCUUUUGAUGAUGAAGGCUGCCGGCCUGGGUGUCGCGUGGAACGCGAAGCCCAGAGUGCAGAUGGAGGCCAGCGCGCGGAUCAACGGUGAUACCCUCUUGGAUCUGCUCCAUCUGUUUGGGUUCACAGACGAGGAGAUUCAGCAGCUUGCCGCUUAA